GAUACUAGCGCUGUAGUGCGUCGUUUUAUGCAACUACCCGGCUGCUAGAGCCAGUUCUAUGUGCUGUGACACUGUUUUCAUCGUAUAGAUAGUAAACAACAUUCUUAUUUACGUCAAUUAUGAGUUAAUAUUUCAUUUGAAAAGAUAUUAAAGCCGCCGUCAUGAUGGCGCGACCGAUGGUACCGUCUCAGCAGAAGCUGGCAGAGAAGCUGACACUCAUCAAUGACCGUGGAGUGGGCAUGCUUACUCGGAUCUACAACAUCAAAAAGGCUUGUGGUGAUGCCAAAUCCAAACCAGCAUUUCUGUCUGAAAAGACAUUAGAAUCUUCAAUCAAAUUCAUUGUCCGAAGAUUUCCCAAUAUUGACACCAAAGGACUCCAAGCCAUCUCACCAAUAAGAAGUGAGAUCAUUAAAUCAUUGUCACUGUACUACUACACAUUUGUUGACUUAUUGGAUUUCAAAGACAAUGUCAGUGAAUUGCUCACUACUAUGGAUGCUUGUCAAGUUCAUUUGGACAUAACUUUAAAUUAUGAGUUAACAAAAGCAUACCUUGAUCUUGUCAUAACUUACAUGACUCUGAUGAUAUUGUUGUCCCGAGUUGAAGACCGGAAGGCAGUGUUAGGACUGUUCAAUGCAGCUUAUGAAAUGGUGCACCAGCAAAGUGAUUCAAGCUUUCCGAGGUUGGGUCAAAUGAUAGUUGAUUAUGAUCCUCCAUUGAAAAAGUUGUCAGAAGAAUUCGUCCCACAUGUGAAAUUGCUGUAUAAUGCUCUGAUAUCAUUGUGGCCUGUAUACAUUGGCCGUAAUCUUACUGCUGACAAAUGGAGAUCUGAUCAAAAACUCAGCUUAUUGGGCAACCCCAAUCUCCUUCUAAAGCCUGUCCAGACUGAUACUAUGUCCUGUGAAUAUCUUCCUCUCGAUACUAUGGAAAAGUGGAUCAUAUUUGGUUUCCUCAUUUGCCAUGGAGCUCUAGCAACCGAGCAACCGAAUAGGCUUUGGUCAAGUGCCCUCGAAUCUGGGUGGGUUAUUGCUCUCUUCCGAGAUGAAGUUCUUCACAUACAUGGAUACAUACAAGGUUUCUUUGACGGCAUUAAAGGAUAUGGGAAGCGUGUUAAUGAAGUCAAGGAUUGUUACACCCAAGCUGUGCAAAAAGCCGGCUACCGACAUCGGGAACGAAGAAAAUUUCUUCGCACAUCCUUGAAAGAACUUGGCCUCAUUCUUACGGACCAGCCAGGUCUUCUUGGACCAAAGGCCCUUGUAGUACUGAUGGCUCUUUGUGCUUCACGAGAUGAAGUUCAUUGGUUGCUAAGACAUUCAGAUAACCCACCUCAAACAAAGUCAAAAGGGAAAUCUGCCGAAGAUCUUGUAGAUCGCCAGCUCCCAGAACUCCUAUUCCAUAUGGAAGAGUUAAGAGUUCUUGUUCGCAAAUACAGUCAAGUCUUGCAGAGAUAUUAUGUCCAGUAUUUGUCUGGAUUUGAUGCUGUAGCCUUAAAUCAAAUGAUGCAGAAUCUUGCUGUUUGCCCAGAAGAUGAGAGUAUAAUUUUGUCGUCAAUUUGUAAUACAAUUGCCAGUCUCAGUGUUAAGCAAGUGGAGGACAAUGAACUGAUGGACUUCAGACCACUUCGUCUUGACUGGCUCCGUCUUCAAGCUUAUACUUCUGUUGGCAAAAGUUCUUUGUCUUUGGCUGAGAACCGUGAACUUGCAGCCUUGAUUGAUACAGUUGUUUUUCAUACAAAAAUGGUUGAUUAUUUAGAUGAGGUGUUGGUUGAGGCUUCAGAUUUAUCUAUUUUCUGUUUUUAUAGCAAAAUGUUUGAAGACCAGUUCCACAUGUGUCUGGAGUUCCCAGCUCAAAAUCGAUACAUUGUGGCUUUUCCAUUGAUUUGUGGCCAUUUUCAGAGCUGCACUCAUGAAUUGUGUCCCGAAGAGAGGCAUCAUAUUAGAGAAAGAAGUCUCUCUGUAGUGAAUAUGUUUUUAGAUGAGAUGGCAAAAGAGGCAAAAAAUAUUAUCACAACUAUAUGUGAUGAACAAUGCACGUUAAGUGACAAGCUUCUACCAAAGCACUGUGCUGCAUUAAUAUCUCAGCUUGCUCAUCGAAAAAAGAAAGAGAAAGGGAAAAAGACUGCUCCAGAAAUAACUAAGCCUGGUGCUGAAAGCUACAGGAAAACUCGAGAAGAACUAACAACAAUGGACAAGCUUCACAUGGCUUUGACAGAACUCUGUUAUGCCAUAAAUUACUGUUCAACUAUCACAGUAUGGGAGUACACGUUUGCCCCAAGAGAAUACCUUCAUCAGCAUUUGGAAACACGCUUUGCUCGAGCACUUGUUGGGAUGGUGAUGUUUAAUCCCGACACAAGUGAGAUAGCUAAACCAUCUGAGCUUCUAGCUAGUGUAAGAGCAUAUAUGAAUGUUUUGCAGACUGUUGAGAAUUAUGUACAUAUUGAUAUCACAAGAGUCUUCAAUAAUGCUUUACUUCAGCAAACCCAGCAGUUAGAUUCUCAUGGAGAAAAGACCAUAGCUGCUCUUUACACUCAGUGGUACUCAGAAGUUUUGUUGCGACGAGUAAGUGCUGGCAACAUCUGUUUUUCAAUGAACCAAAGAGCUUUUGUUAGCUUAACUGCUGAAGGAGCUAUUCCCUUUAAUGCUGAAGAAUUCUCUGAUACGAAUGAACUGCGGGCUUUAGCAGAAUUGAUUGGGCCAUAUGGUAUGCGCCUUCUCAGUGAAACUCUGAUGUGGCACAUAGCCAGUCAAGUGCAAGAAUUAAAGAAAUUGGUUGCAGCCAACAAAGAAGUUUUGUUAUCGUUACGAACUAAUUUUGACAAACCAGAAAUAAUGAAAGAGCAGUUUAAGCGUCUGCAACAUGUGGAUAAUGUAUUGCAACGUAUGACAAUUGUAGGAGUUAUUUUAAGCUUCCGUCAGUUGGCUCAGGCUGCUCUAGUUGAUGUACUAGAGGAGAGAGUGCCAUUCUUACUGAGCUCUGUGUUAGACUUCAGGCAACAUGCUCCACCAGGUGACACAGGGAACCUAGCUGAUCAGCUGGUUGUGAAUGAGAUGGCAUCAGCUGCAGGUUUAAUUUGCAAAGUUGAUCCAGUCUUGGUGGCUGCACUUCGUAAUCAUAAGAGUGAUGUUGAGGAGGAUGAGCAUUUGUUAGCUUGUCUUUUGAUGGUGCUUGUUGCUGUAUCAAUUCCAAAACUCGCACGUAAUGAAAAUUCAUUUUACCGAGCUUCAUUGGAGGGGCAUGCAAACAACAUUCACUGCAUGGCAGCAGCUGUUAACAACAUAUUUGGAGCUCUGUUCAGUAUUUGUGGUCAAGGUGAUACUGAAGAUCGGAUGAAGGAAUUCCUUGCUUUGGCAUCUUCAAGUCUUCUUCGACUCGGUCAAGAACCAGAUAAGGAGGCUGUAAGAAAUCGAGAGUCUGUGUACCUUCUGUUGGAUCAAAUCGUGCAGGAAUGCCCAUCUCUCACUAUGGAUCUUUUGGAAUCUUGCUUCCCCUAUGCUCUGAUACGGAAUGCUUACCAUGCAGUGUAUAAGCAAGAACACUCUCAAGCAUAGUUGCCAACACCACCAAGGUGUUAUCUUUUUUAAUGUUUUGUUUUUUGUUUUCUUUUUAAAUUAAAGUUAACCCAAACAUAUUUUAUGGAAAAGCUAUUUGUUGUAAACCAAAUGGUAUAAACCUUAUUAUUAUUAAUUUUUUUUUUUUUUUGUACUAUAGUUGUACAGACAUGAUGGGUAUGAGAGUGUACUGUUUCAUGUCUCUACAAGCCGAGCAUUGCCAUAAAUGGGUUUCUAUAGUUAGUGAAGGUAUUGUAGAUAGCUGAAAGUAGUAGAAGAAUAAAAAUGUGAAGAAAAUGA